CACGGGGACACAAAAGAACCACAAAAAAAGGGGCACGGAAAUCCUUACAUCUAGCUGUGCAGCUGAAAAGAAGGCUUAAAAUAGCAUUCAAAGAGAACUGAUUCUAAGGAUGGACUGCAAAAUGACCAACUUCACAGAUGAAGAUCUGGACAACUAUUUGCAAAAUCAGGUGGAUCUCAGGCAUCGUCAGGUUUCAAAGUCUGUUGAAGAUGUGCAGAAAAUCAUAAAAGAUCUUACAGCUGGGGUCAGCUCAAAGGAUGCUCGUUUCCAGUCUAUUGCAAACUCUGGAGUUCAUAAUACCAGCCUCAAAGUAAUACUUCAUGACCAGCCAGAUUUAGUGUCAAAAUGGUCUGCAUUACUCCGGGGAAGAUGUGCAUACAACCCCGCCAUCCAAGUGCUCACCCCAACUCUGUUCCUGAUCUCGGUGCCCCUACAGGGCCUGAUUGGCUAUAAGGAGAGGCGAACACGUCAGUGGCGGUACUACUACACACAGAGCGGGUCUCGUCUCCUCUCACCGGUCCGCGAGCCAGAGAAGCUCCAGCAGUGGCUGGAGCUGGAGAGUUUUGUCAAUCUGAGUCAGGAGUGGCAUGAUGCCCGCAUGAUCAUUGAGGGUGAUAUUGUGCCAGCCAAGGUAGUGAAUGUCUUCAAAGAGCAUCUGGAGGCAUCCAUAAAGACCUGCGGACUAACAAGUAAGGUGAGUAUGCUGGAAUCAGUUGGUUCAGUGGUGCGUGUUGCUGUGGAAACAUCAGAGGCACAAAUUGAGGUGGAACUGGUUCCUACAGUGGAGCUAAUGAACUACUGGCCAAAGAGAGCUCGGUGGCCCCGGUUCUUUCAGAGAUGGCCCUCCACAGAGCGUGCUCGCUGUAUUAAGUCAUUUGGAUUCAAUCUAAUGGCCACAUCAAACUACCACUGGCUGCUGUCAUUUUCACGGGCAGAGCAAGUGCUGUUGAGUAAUAUAGAUGAGGACGGCGGCUGCCGCAGGAAGUGUUAUCGGGUGGUCAGACAGCUCAAGGAGGGCAUCUGGUGUCCUGGAAGCAAACCCGUGAUCACUGCCUACCAUCUACAGACGCUGCUUUUCUGGACAUGUGAGAAGUACCCCUGCACCAGGGACUGGAGAGACUUCAGAGGAUGCGUAUUACGGCUGGUGCAAAAGCUACAUAAGUGUGUUAGCCAGCAUUAUCUCCGGCAUUACUUUGUACGAUCCCACAACCUCCUGAAAUAUAGCAAUACUAAUGAGCUUGAUGACGUGGCAAAGAAGAUCAAUAAUUUCCUGGACAACCCAGGAACAUACGUUCAUUAGAAGCUUGUGGGUUAGAUGGCAUAGAUCUAUGUUAGCUGUGCUCUGUUCUGACUGCAUCAUAUUGAUGAGAUGAUCAUGGAAGUAGGCUGUGGUUGGCUAACGUAAGUAUGCAUGGAUUUCCUUCUUAUGUCUGUCUCAUCCUGAAAUUUU